UGGAGCGUGGAUGCUGAUGGGGGACGACAAGGAGACCUGGAAAGUGAAGACACUUGAUGAAAUUCUACUUGAAAAGAAACGCAGGAGAGAACUAGAAGAGAGAACAAAUCCCAAGCGCCAGAAAAAUGUAAAGUAUUCCUGAGCUGUCUGAAGAGCCAGAAAGCUGUGGCCAGACUAUGACUACAUUCUCACAGGCUCCUGCUCCACAGACGGAUGAUCAAGAAGCCAAGCGGGAUACUCCGGAGGAAGGAGAACUGCGGGAUCAAAGGAUGGAAAUAACAAUUCGUAAUUCCCCAUACGCACGUGAAGACUCAGUGGAAGACAGGGCAGAAGAAGAUGAAUCUUUAGCAAUCAAGCCUCCCCAGCAAAUAACCAGGAAAGACAAAUCUCACCACAGAAAAGAGGAGAAGAGAAAAGACAAAAGACGUCAUCGCAGUCACUCAGCAGAAGGAGGCAAGCAUUCACGAUCGAAAGACAAAGAGCGAGAGACCGAUCACAGGAAGCGGCAGUGGGAAGAAGACAAAGCUCGACGAGACUGGGAGAGGCAGAAACGAAGGGAACAGGCCCGAGCUCAUUCACGUAGAGAGAGGGACCGUCUGGAACAGCUGGAACGCCAGCGAGAGAGAGAUCGAAAGCUACGCGAACAGCAAAAGGAGCAACGAGAGCUGAAGGAGCGGGAGAGGAGGGCUGAGGAGCGACGCAAAGAGCGAGCAGCUCGAUUAGAAGCACUGCCUCACCACCGGGCUUUACCUGAGGAAUAUGAGGACAAGCCAAAACAAAGUCACCGCAGCCGCAGUCCUGUGCGUGGUCCCCGUGACAGAUCUGACCACAGCGAUCUGCGCAAACCUGCAUCUUUGAAGGAAGAGAAAUUGGAGGACAAUAACCUGCUUGCAGACCUCCAGGAUAUCAGUGACAAUGAAAGGAAGACCAGCACUGCAGAGUCCUCUCUGGCAUCACGAUCAGGCUCUGAGGAAGAGGGGGAAGAAGAAGAAGAGGAUGAAGAAGAGACCAGCAGCCAAAGUGAGGGAGAUGAGGAGGAGGAAGAGGAGUCUGUUUCUGGCUCAGAGAGAUCCGAGCAGACUGCAGAAGAUGUGAGUGAGGAGGACCAAUCAGAGGAAGAGUUUGAAGAGGAAAGAGAAAAUGGAAAACACAUUCCCACAGUUCCAGAAUCACGCUUUGAUCAUGACUCAGAGGAGAGUGGCGAGGAAAUGGAGGAUGAUGAAGACGAGGAGGAGGAUGACGCUGAGGAGAAUGACCCUACACCUCACUCUCAGGCUCAUACUCGUACCCCCACACCUGAGCAGAACUAUGUCCAUGACUCUCCUCCUGUUCCAACUGUGGAGCCGAAGAAGGAGCUGCCCAAAUAUCUUCCAGCUUUACAGGGAUGCCGCAGCGUUGAGGAGUUCCAGUGUCUAAACCGAAUAGAGGAAGGAACCUAUGGUGUGGUUUAUAGAGCCAAAGACAAAAAGACUGAUGAGAUUGUUGCAUUGAAAAGAUUGAAAAUGGAGAAGGAGAAGGAGGGCUUCCCCAUCACCUCUUUAAGAGAAAUCAAUACAAUCCUGAAAGCUCAACACCCAAACAUAGUCACAGUGCGGGAAAUAGUUGUUGGAAGCAACAUGGACAAGAUUUACAUUGUGAUGAACUAUGUUGAACAUGAUCUCAAGAGUCUGAUGGAAACCAUGAAGCAGCCCUUUCUGCCAGGUGAGGUCAAAACUCUUAUGAUUCAGCUACUAAGAGGUGUGAGACAUCUUCACGAUAACUGGAUUCUCCACCGUGAUUUGAAGACAUCCAAUCUGCUGCUGAGCCACAAGGGUAUUCUGAAGAUUGGAGACUUUGGUUUGGCUCGGGAAUACGGUUCCCCCCUGAAGCCCUACACUCCUGUCGUGGUGACGCUGUGGUACCGAUCACCAGAGCUGCUGCUAGGAGCCAAAGAGUACUCCACAGCUGUGGACAUGUGGUCAGUGGGCUGCAUAUUUGGUGAACUCCUCACCCAGAAACCUCUUUUCCCUGGAAAAACUGAAAUUGACCAAAUUAACAAGAUUUUCAAGGAUUUGGGGUCACCAAGCGAGAAGAUCUGGCCCGGCUACAGCGAGCUGCCCGCUGUGAAGAAGAUGACUUUCACAGAGUACCCCUACAACAAUCUGCGAAAACGCUUUGGAGCGCUACUUUCAGACCAAGGCUUUGACCUCAUGAACAAAUUCCUCACCUACUGCCCCAAUAAGAGGAUCCUAUCAGACGAAGCGCUAAAGCACGAGUACUUCCUGGAGUCACCAAAGCCCAUCGAUUCCUCCAUGUUUCCCACCUGGCCAGCGAAGAGCGAGCAGCAGAGGGUGAAGCGAGGCACCAGUCCACGUCCUCCAGAGGGAGGCCUGGCCUACAGCCACCUGGGCGAUGAUGACCUAAAGGACACAGGUUUCCACCUGACAACCAGCAACCAGGGAGCAUCUGCAGUCGGUCCAGGAUUCAGCCUCAAAUUCUGAGCCCAGACUCCAGUAAUGGCAUUCUGGGACUUGUGGUUCUUUUGGGACUGGACUUGAGUGAGGACUCUGUCACUGUUUUAUGUCUGCACAUCAGACUGUCAGUUUCAACUAUAACCAUGUAUUAGGGAAUGUUGGACAACAGAACUUGCCGAAUUUCCUGAAUUUUCCUCGGACCUUUCAGUAGUUGGUUUGUGAAUUCUCGGCUUUUUCAAGCCAUUUUACAUUUUCUGAGACAGUUUCACUGUUAAAGAAGAGGUAGAGCCACAAAUGCACACGAUGCUUGAUCUAUUUGUAAACUUUUUGUAUGGGAUGAGGAAGGAACAGGUACUUCCUGGUGUCGUGAGCAACUGUACAGUGAUGUAGUAUCACUAUGAUUAGAGAAAUAUUGCAGACUGUUUUUGCUAAAAAUAAAGUUUGAAGCUUUGUUUUGUC